AUUGAAGGCAAAGGUAACGGAAUCAAGACUGUAGUUCCAAAUAUGUCAGAUAUUGCGCGUUCCUUGAGCCGACCACCGACAUAUCCCACUAAAUUCUUCGGAUGUGAACUUGGUGCUCAAGUUAAAUGUGACGAAAAAACCGAUCGUUACAUUGUUAAUGGCGCACACGAAGCCGCUAGACUUCAAGAAUUGCUCGAUGUCUUCAUUAAAAAAUUUGUUCUUUGUGCCGGUUGUAAUAACCCCGAAACUGAUUUAAUUAUUAUCGGUAAAAAUAAUAGUCAGAAAAUCAUCCGUGAUUGCAAGGCCUGCGGUCAACGAACUGAUGUUGAUAUGCGUCACAAGCUUGUUACCUACAUCCUGAAAUAUCCGCCUACUCCUCCCAAAUCUAAAGGCGCUAAAAAGGACAAGAAAACCAAGAAAGGUGAAGACGAUGAACAAGCAUCUCCCACUGGUAAAGGCUCUUCUGAAGAAGGAACGGAUGAUGAACUUACUCGUCGCAUCGAGGCUGAAGCUGCUAGUCUUCCUACUGCAGAUGAAUAUAAGGAUGAUGAUGAUUGGGUUCUUGACACCUCCGCGGAAGCUGUUGCAAAACGUACUAAAGAAUUUUCUAAACUUAUGUUAGACGAAAGCGGUUCAGACGACGAGAGUGAAGAUCCUUACGAACAACUCGAUAAAUGGUUGGAGAAAAAUGCUUCAUCAGCCUCUAGCAAUGAUAUAUAUAAGAAAAUUAAGGAACUUGGUAUUACCAAAGAAACUGAUCAGGUCUUGAAACAUCUUGUGCUUGGCCUAUUUGCGAAAAUUUUCCAGAGUCACUUGUCUACCAUUAAUAAACAUAUUCACAAAAAGGCCAAACUUUUACAAAAGUUUCUCCAAAGUCCUGAUGAUCAAAGAGCUCUUUUAGGAGCUACCGAAGUACUCGUCUCUGAACAUAAAGAUUUGUUUGAAAGUAAGAUUAUUUGUAGCAUUUUGAUGGGAUAUUAUCAAAAUGAUUUGCUUGAAGAAGAAGUGUUCCAAGCGUGGCUCGAAGGUAAUAGUUCUGAGACUUAUCGAAAUCUCUUUAAGAGAACUGCUUCAGUUAGCUACGUUGAUGCUGCAAUCAACCAAGAUAUUCGCAACAAGGCAAAGCCAUUUGCGAAAUAG